AUGGAAAACGGAGUACCGCUGGUUCGCAAUGGUAACAACCAUGGUGUGUCUGCAUCUUGGACAGGAAGGGAGAAGAAGAAAUAUGCAGAAUUGGUGAAGAGCAACAUUGUUGGACCACAAUUAUUCAUAUCCCCAGUCGUAACUGGAGUAGCCAUUGAUGUCACAACCAUUAAUGUGUGGAAUCUAUACAACCGAAAAAGGAGAGGUGGAGGACAUAUUCAACCAAAAGAGAGGAAGAUGAUGGGGUGCCAAUGA